AUACGAACUGCGGCACGGCGUUCAUGUUCACGGAUCAUUGUGUUGUCGGCCAUUUUCAACGCGCGUUGCCUACUUGCCCAGUUAACCAAACUCUCUCUUUACGUGUGUUCGCCGACAUAGUGCGUUUUCUUUCGUUCGUAUAUCACGUUUUGCACCUUUUCUGCAUACCGCGUACCUGAUCGCGUCACUCCAAACACCGUUAACCUUUUCGUCACACAAUUUGACGCAGCCGACCUACUGUUGCCAAUUCGUGUGUAAGCACUAAGCGCGAAACGCCGCCAAGUCCAAACAUCGUCACGCCGACUGUAAAUCUAUUAUUAUUUUGCCUUUUCGCUGUGUCCUUAGCGUUUGUCAGUGAACCACCGUUGCCCGAACAACAUGUCUUCGACCGAGAUGAACGAUGGCGCCAACGGAGAGAUGUCUUCUGAGUCCAAGCCCAACGAAUACGUGUCGGCCCUGGUCAAGGAAAAGUAUGCUCUGGACGCUUCUACCCAUCAGAACACAAUGAAGCUCAUCGACGAAGAAAUUGCCAGAGCACAAAACACCAAUGGCAAACCAGAAUCAGCUUAUUUGGACAUAAAUAGCGAUAAACCUAUUCGACUAUCUGCCAAAAUUAUGGUUCCAGCUAAAGAAUUCCCAAGGUUCAACUUUGUUGGUAAACUUUUGGGACCUAAAGGAAAUUCUUUAAAACGUCUCCAAGAAGAUACUAUGACCAAAAUGGCAAUAUUGGGCAAAGGAUCAAUGCGCAACAAAGAAAAAGAAGAUGAAAUGAGAAGUUCAUUAAAUCCAAAAUUUGCGCACCUUGCUGAUGAACUCCAUGUCCAAGUUACUGCUUAUGCUCCUCCUGCUGAAGCUUAUGCUCGUCUUGCUUAUGCACUUGCAGAACUUAGGAAAUUUUUGAUACCCGACCAUAAUGAUCAAAUUGCACAAGAACAAGCACGUGAAAUGCAACAAUUUGGAGGUGCUCCACCUGUUCGUCAUCCAGGACCAAUAAUUCAUGCUCCACCACCUCCACCUGCAGUUAUUCGCCAAAUGCCGCCUCAGCCACCUCGUAUGCCAAGAGCUCCAGUUCCAGGAAAAGCCAAAGUAAUGAGCAUAUUGGAUAGAGCUCGAUCAGCAAUGGAAGGAUCAAAUGCUUAUCCUGGCAACGGUGGCUAUGGUGAUUCUGGUUCUUCUCAUUAUUCCCAUUUUGAUUCUGGGUAUGGUGGUGUAGCAACAUAUAAUGGAGGCGGUAAUGAUGAUUACUACUCAGGAAAUUCAUAUUCACAAGAUAAUUCUCAAAGUGGUGGCGGACGUGGCUGGAAAAAUUACAAUACUGGCGGUAGUAGUGGACCAUCCAAACCGACUGGCAAUCAAGGUAGUCGGUAUGGAGGUCGCAAUGCACCAUAUACCAGACAAAAAUAACCAGGUAUUUGUCAGGACUAUUUCUAUCAUAAAUGAAUAUUGACAACAAAGAAAAAUAAUGGGUAGAAUAAUUUUUUUUAAUGUUUUGACAUUUCAUAAUUAUCUCAAAUAAUUUUCCACUUAGUAAAACAAAUUAAGAUUAUCUUAUAUAUAUAUUUUUUUUUUAUAUACGUAUAUAAAAUAUAAAAGUAUUGUACAUCCAAUAAAAAGUUGUGUAUUACAUGGGAUGUUGAAUUCCAAAUCAUAUUUUUCUUAAGAUAAAACAUUAUAAUUUAAACAAAAUUGUGUAAGGAAUAAAAUUUAAAUAAAUACAAUUUGUACAAUGGAGUGUAAAAUACAAAUUCUGCACAAAACUUCUUGAUUAGAUUAUUAUUAUAACUUUAUAUCAAAUAUUGUUGGGCUACUUAUUUUAUUAUUUUUUUUUUAAAUAUGAAUUUGUCUAUAGGCAUAUGUUUAUAAUUUUUUGAUGUAUUUUUGAUUAUUACUUUUUAUAGAUACUUAGAACAUACAUUGUUACUGAAGGAUAGCACCACUGCCACAAUAUAUUUUUAUUCAAUAAAUAAUAGUUAUUACUAUUAAUAAAAUAUUUGAGUUCCUUUAAAUGUAUAAUAUCGAGAAAAUAAAUGAAUAAUGAAAUAAAUUUGUCAACAAAUAAUUAUUUUCAAAUACUAAAUUGCAUUUAUAAGAAUUAAAAACAAUUAUUAUAGUAUUUAUUAAUUAAAUAUUAAUAGUUAAAAAAUUAAUAAAAACAAAAAUAAACAUUAAGACAAUAAUAAAAAAAUUCUAUUGUGGCAGAGGUAACAAUCCGCUUAAAAUAAAAUUCACCUGUUGCUUGCUGCUAAUAUUACAGAUGCUGAUUUAUUAUAAAAGUUAAAACUUAAAUUCCAACCCAGUGAUGAUUGAUGAUGAUUAUUAUAAUAAUAACAAACCAAUUAACUAAUAUAAUAUUUUUAAUUAUUAUUUUAUUAUAUUUAUGUGUUUGAAUAAACCUUAAUAGAACCUUUCAUUUUAAAAUGUCACUUAUAUAUUAUGUAAUUACUAAUUAAUAAAUUUUAAAAAAUAUUUGUAGUAUUUAUUGUUUUAUACAGUUAUUAUUUACUUAUUUAUUAUUAUUUUUUUUUUUUAUCAUUUUAUUAUAAAAAUAUGGAUUACUUGUAAUCCAAUGCUAUCGAUAGAUGUUUAGAUUUAUAAUAAUAUUGUAGUAUGUUAGGUACAACAAAAUUUAUAUAAAAUAAAAACUUACAAAAAAUAAAAUAAAAUAUUUACAAUUUA